ACAUGUGAUUGUAAAUAUCUUAGAAACAAACUAGACGUUGUUCAACUCCCUCAACCACUCUGAAACUCAAAACACCUUCAAAUACACACACUCACAACUUCGUUAACUCCGCCGUCGUCUCCCCCGGCUAACAUCCCAAAGCAUCACCAUACAUACACCUUCAAAUACACACCUCCACUCCUCCAAAACCUAACUCUCUCUCUCUCUCUUCUUCAACAUUCAACAUGCAAUCCGCAAUUUCUCUCUCACUUUCCUCCGCUUCUCCGAUCACCGUCAGAUCCGACGCCGGAGCAACCUCCUCCGCCUUUCCCGGCGUCUUCUCCAGCCAGCUCCGCUUCUGCGGACUCAGAAGCGAAGCUGUUACAGGAUGCAGAUCGGCAUGUAGUAAUGCGGUUAUGUUGAAGCCGAAAAUGAAGGUUUUUGCUUCCUUGAAUGGAAACGGAAACGGAGCUCAAUCGAAAGGUUUUGAUUAUGAUCUGGUCAUUAUUGGAGCUGGUGUUGGUGGUCAUGGUGCUGCUCUUCAUGCUGUUGAGAAGGGUCUGAAAACGGCCAUCAUUGAAGGUGAUGUGGUUGGUGGAACAUGUGUUAAUCGUGGUUGUGUUCCUUCCAAAGCCCUUCUUGCCGUUAGUGGUCGCAUGCGAGAGCUUCAGAAUGAACACCAUAUGAAGUCUUUUGGAUUACAGGUUGCAGCUGCUGGGUAUGACAGACAGGGGGUAGCCGAUCACGCAGAAAAUCUUGCCACCAAAAUUCGAAAUAAUUUGACCAAUUCUUUGAAAUCUCUUGGCGUGGACAUAUUGACAGGUGUUGGCACUGUCGUGGGUCCACAAAAGGUGAAAUAUGGAAAAGCUGGGGGCAGCGAGACAGUUAUUACGGCAAAAGACAUUAUUAUAGCUACUGGAUCAGUACCAUUUGUCCCUAAGGGAGUUGAAGUUGAUGGUAAAACCGUAAUAACCAGUGAUCAUGCACUAAAAUUAGAGACAGUGCCUGAGUGGAUAGUUAUUGUUGGAAGUGGUUACAUAGGUCUUGAAUUCAGUGAUGUUUAUACAGCACUUGGAAGUGAGGUGACAUUUGUAGAAGCUUUAGAUCAGUUAAUGCCUGGAUUCGACCCAGAAAUCGGAAAAUUGGCUCAAAGGGUUCUUAUAAAUCCUCGAAAGAUUGACUAUCAUACUGGUGUAUUUGCAACCAAGAUCACUCCAGCAAAGGAUGGUAAACCUGUAACAAUUGAGCUUAUAGAUGCGAAGACAAAGGAACCAAAAGAUACGUUGGAGGUAGAUGCUGCUCUCAUUGCAACCGGAAGGGCCCCAUUUACACAAGGGCUCGGUUUGGAGAAUGUUAAUGUAGAGACACAACGUGGUUUUAUUCCCGUUGAUGAACGCAUGCGAGUUAUUGAUUCAAAGGGAAAAUUGGUCCCUCACUUAUAUUGCAUUGGUGAUGCUAAUGGCAAAAUGAUGCUUGCACAUGCAGCAAGUGCCCAGGGAAUUUCAGUUGUUGAGCAAGUUUCCGGGAAAGAUCAUGUUCUUAAUCAUCUGAGCAUCCCAGCUGCAUGUUUCACACAUCCUGAAAUCAGUAUGGUUGGGUUAACUGAGCCUCAAGCAAGAGAGAAAGCUGAGAAGGAAGGAUUCGAAAUCAGUAUUGCCAAGACUAGCUUUAAGGCCAACACCAAAGCCCUUGCUGAAAAUGAAGGAGAGGGGAUGGCCAAGUUGAUUUACAGGCCCGACAAUGGAGAAAUCCUUGGUGUUCAUAUAUUUGGCAUGCAUGCUGCAGACCUCAUCCACGAAGCAUCAAAUGCAAUUGCUUUAGGAACACGUAUACAGGACAUCAAGUAUGCUGUUCAUGCCCAUCCAACAUUGUCUGAAGUGAUCGAUGAACUAUUCAAAUCAGCAAAGGUAAGGGGGGAAGCCUCCCUAGUUCCUCAACUGAGAUUAUCUCUCCUUUUACAAUGGUUAAAGACGAGGCUUCUAGGGCUGUUGGUGAACCAGUUGCCGUCUAAUCUCAGUUGAUGGAUUUUAUCAAAAAGCCGUGGAUCGUUUGUGACAAAAAUCCAAUGCACAUUUUUUUUUUCUGGAGCACUUGCUAGUUACCUAUCAAGAGACUGAAAUUUUGAUAUUUAUGUAUUCUUCCUAUUAGUUUGCCUCUAAACCUGAUAAUUUUGAGUAUAAAUAAACAGAAUUAGAAUAA